AUAUUUUCAUACCCGUAAGCGGUUGAAGAUAUUCAAAAUGGAUGAUACGUCCACCAAAACAAUAACAGACGAAGUAAAAAUGGAUUCUUCUGACGAAGAAAAGAAACCUGCUGAUACAGACAGAGCAGAUAUGAACGACAAAGAAGAAAUUGAUUUCAAAAAACCCUUAGAAAUCGUUAAAAGCAACGAUGAACAAAAUAUACCAACGAUCUCUUCCGAAGAACUCGAAUGUGAUGAACCUGAUGUUGACUCACCUUCGUCAAAACCAACAAACCUAACAGCCUCGAUCCCUUAUAAAGAACCUUAUUGGAGUGGAAUGGCUACGAAACCAUAUUCGUUCGAUGUAUUAAGGAACGGCAGCAUUAUCGACAAAGUAAAUUUGACAGAGAAACCCUUCUUUAUAUUCGGUCGUUUGCCGACUUGUGAUGUUACUUUAGAGCAUCCGUCUCUCUCGCGAUAUCACGCCUGUAUACAACAUUGUGGCACCACAUGCGACCGGUAUCAGCAGGGUUGGUAUCUAUACGACCUUGAUAGUACACAUGGAACUUGGAUUAAUAAGAUACAAGUUCGUCCCAAGGUUUAUCAUCGAAUCCGUGUUGGUCAUGUAAUCAAAUUUGGCGGCAGCAGUCGAUUGUUCAUCCUCCAGGGUCCUGAAGAUGAUCGAGAAGAAGAGGCUGAACUGAGUGUAACAGAACUGAAGUUACAAAGGGAAAAACAGAAGAAAGAAGCUGAUCUCCUUCGACAAGAUAAUUUAAUAGGAAACCCUCAUGAAAUCAUCAGCCCAGAUGAUGGCUGCAUGUGGGGAAUGGAUAUGGCAAGUGCUGUUGAGGAGAGUCAAGAUAACCCUUUCAGUCAAGAUUUAGAUGAAUCCUUAUACAUUGAUGACCCUAAAAAGUGUUUAAAGAACUACUUUGAUCGAGAAGGAUAUGAUGCUCCAGAAUAUGAGACAUCUGCUGAAGGAAGUGGAAAGUUCAAAUGUUGCUUAGACCAGUCUCAUGAUAAUUUUAGAGAUAAUUUUAGGAAGCAUAUUGUUGUACUUGGGAAUGAAAGUCGCAAACGUAAGAAGAAAAACUGGGAAGAAAACGAUUUCUAUGACAGUGAUGAAGACACGUUCCUUGACAGGACCGGAACCAUUGAGAAGAAACGUGAACAAAGGAUGAAGAAGGCUGGGAAACUGGAUGAUAAAGCUGAAACAUAUGACUCUCUGUCAGAAAAACAUACAGAAAUCUUACAAGAAAUGCAAGAAAUUGAAGAAAAAUUAGAGAAAGCAAGAGCUGAUGCGGAAGCAGCAGAAAGCAACGAGGACUUGGAUGCCCUCGACGCCUACAUGAACUCAAUCAAAUCUGGGAUGAUGGAUACGAAAACCCGACUAAAGCUGAAGCGCCGUUUGUUGGAACUGCGACCUCAGGAGCAGCGACUUCGGAAGCUGAUGAAUAUCGCGAAACCCGUCUCUUUUGAAUGUCUCAAGUAA